UGCAGAAGAAACGUGCGAAAGAAGAGAUGAUGGUUGUGGGGCAAAAUGGAGUUCUAUAUUGGAGAUGAAUCCCGGCAUUUUUUUAGUUUCAUGGCAUUUUUGGAGUGAAAAAUGAAAAAGAGAUUUUCGGUUAGAGAUGCCCGAGACCAUCCUCCAAAAUCUAUGAGCCACACAUCUGCUCUUGACCCUCAGGUAGAUUGAGAAUUGCAUUCUCAAAGAGAUAAAUCAGAUGACGGAGUUGAUUAUUAUGUGACGAGGUGUUCUGUUUUCCAAGCCUCAGCACAAGAACAGUCCUGCCAUCCUUGUCCUGAUAAGUUGCUCUAUAUACCUUUCAAGUUUUGCCUUCCAUAGCAACUUUUUUGCCAGUGAAUUUCUCGGGCUUAUAUACUGCUCUCCACUUGAGAGUAUCUUCAAGCAUUUUCUUUGAUUUGUAAACCUUCCAGCUGCGAGCUACCAAAUAUCUUUUGAAGCAUGCAUCAGAACAGAAUUACUCGCUUCUUCUAGAUAUGGGGCCAGUUGCAGAUUUUAACUCAUUAAUCUUGGCUUCUCGGUGUGUAGGAUCAUUCUCAUUGGUAUGAGAGUGUUGCUUUCUACGAAACAUGGUGCUUGUUUUGGCGCAGGCGUCUUGGAGUUCAAUUGGGUCGUGGCCGGCGUUUGGCAGUUCUCGCGAGAGAGGGCUGUGGUCGGUCGUUCCGAAGUGCUUGACGGUGUUCCAGAUGUUGGAUUGUCUCUUGGUCUCCCCCUCUCCAUUUCCUCUGUCAAACAAAAGCAAAAGGCGGAGCAGAGGGGCUGGACGAUUGGAGUUCAGUCAGUAGCAAGAUGUUUUUUAAAUAAACAGGGAGAUAUGAGAUUUGGCUACAGGAAGGUUAGGGAGCUUCUAAGCGUGAUUAACUGUAGGAGGCGGACAAGGAUUUGUAAGCUAUUGUGGGGUUGACGGGAGGAGGUGCUGGAGAGGAGUAGAUGCCUUGAGGUUAGAAGUUUUGGUGGUCGGCUGGAUUAAGGAGUUUGAAGAGAAGAACAGAGGAAGAGGCUUGAGGAGCUGAAGUUAGUGUGCAUGAAAGCAGCAAGCCCUGAUAUUCUUCUAUUUCAUUUUAAGGAUGAUGAUGAGCUGCUAUUGAUGUUGCUUUGCUAAAUUCACAGGAUUUAGACGCAUAAUGGGCGGAUUUUAUGGGAUUUAGACAGGGAUUCAGAGCAUAUUUUCAACACAUAAGAGGGAAAUCUGCUGCCAUUCAGUAUGGGACUGGAGCGAUUGCAGGUUUCUUGAGUCAGGAUCAUGUUGGUGUUGGUGAACUCCUCGUGAAAGAUCAGGUUUUUAUUGAGGCCACCAGUGAACCAGGUACAACUUUCUUGGUGGCAAAAUUUGACGGAAUACUUGGUCUUGGAUUUAAAGAAAUAUCAGUUGACAAUGUGGUACCUGUUUGGUACAACAUGGUUGAUCAGCAUCUUAUUGAAGAUCCUAUUUUCUCUUUCUGGUUAAAUAGGAACUCAGAGGAUGGUGAUGGAGGUGAAAUAGUGUUUGGAGGUUCUGACCCAAAACAUUACAUAGGUCAGCACACAUAUGUCCCUGUGACUCUCAAGGGAUACUGGCAGUUUAAUAUGGGAGAAGUUCUUAUUGGUGGUAAAAGAACUGGAUACUGUUCUGGUGAUUGUGCAGCUAUAGCUGAUUCUGGUACUUCUCUGAUUGCUGGACCAACAACAAUUAUCACAGAAAUUAACCAACAAAUUGGAGCUGCUGGUAUUGUUAGCCAAGAGUGCAACACAGUAGUUACUCAAUAUGGUCGACAAAUUUUAGAUCUGUUGGUGGAAGAGGCACAGCCAACGACGAUAUGCUCUCAGAUUGGUCUCUGUACCAUUGAUGGGAUUAAUGCAAUAGGUGUUGGUAUUGAGAGUGUGGUGAAGGACAAUGGGGGUAAAUCUUCCCUUGGUAGGAGUGAUGCCAUGUGCUCUGCUUGUGAGAUGGCUGUUGUUUCGAUGCAAAAUCGGCUUAAUCAGAACCAGGCACAGGAACUCAUAUUGAACAAUGUCAAUCAGUUGUGCUACCGACUGCCGAGUCCUUUAGGAGACUCCUCUGUUGAUUGUAAUGCCAUCUCUUCCAUGCCAAGUGUUUCUUUCACGAUUGGUAGCAAGACAUUUGACCUUACAGCUGAGCAGUAUAUUCUGAAGGUAGGCGAAGGAGCUGAUGCCCAAUGCAUCAGUGGCUUCACAGCCUUGGACGUGCCCCCUCCUCGUGGCCCACUUUGGAUUCUGGGUGAUGUAUUCAUGGGUGUCUAUCACACAGAGUUUGACUAUGGUAACCUUAGGGUUGGAUUUGCCAAAGCUGCUUAAGAUGCAAAAUGCUAAUAAUACUCUUAGAGAUGCGUUGAAGAUAAGAGAAAUAAAGCAUUGUUCCUUUCCCAAUCUCAGUGCUGCAAAAUAAGAAUUGUAAAUGUGCUUUCUGAUAUCAGUGAGAACCUUAAAUUAUACCUUAGAAAUGGAUGGUAAUUUGAUGCUAA